UGAAUCACUGAUCAGCAGUUAGACUGUCCCAGUAACCUCUGGGUGAAAAGCAGCCCACCUGCAGCAAAGGAAACACACAAACCACCAGUGGACCAUGUGGCUAGACCAGCCCCACCGGUGGCUGAGCGCUAUGGCCUGUGGACUCCUGCUGCUGCUUGUCAGGAGCCAGGGCCAGGACUCUGCCAGCCCCAUCCGGAUCACGCUCACAGGGCAGGUGCAGGGAAGCCUCGUCCAUGUGAGAGGCACUGAUGUUGGGGUCUAUGCCUUCCUGGGAAUCCCCUUUGCUAAGCCGCCUGUAGGGCCACUGCGGUUUGCACCCCCGGAACCUCCUGAGUCUUGGAGUGGUGUGAGGGAUGGGACUUCCUACCCAGCCGCAUGUCUCCAGAACAUCACGGCAAUGAAUUCCAUGGUUCUGUUCUUACGGAAUCUGAGCCUGCCUUCCACCACAUCUGAGGACUGCCUCUACCUCAACAUCUACACACCCGCCCAUGCCCAUGAGGGCUCUCACCUGCCUGUGAUGGUAUGGAUCCACGGUGGUGGGUUUGUGUUAGGCACGGCUUCCAUGUAUGACGGGUCUGUGCUGGCAGCCUUCGAGGACGUGGUAGUGGUCACUAUUCAGUACCGCCUGGGUGUUCUGGGCUUCUUCAGCACUGGAGACCAGCAUGCAGCUGGCAACUGGGGCUACCUGGACCAAGUGGCUGCUCUACGCUGGGUUCGGCAAAACAUCGUUCACUUCGGAGGCAACCCUGACCGAGUCACCAUUUUUGGCGAGUCUGCUGGUGGCAUAAGCGUGUCCUCCCAUGUCGUGUCCCCCAUGUCCCGAGGACUCUUUCACGGUGCCAUCAUGGAGAGUGGUGUAACCCUGUUGCCUGGCCUCAUGGUCAACUCGUCCGACAUGAUCUCCACGAUGGUGGCCAACCUGUCCGCCUGUGGCCAGGUUGAUUCCAAGGCCCUGGUGGACUGCCUGCGGGGCAAGAGUGAAGAGGAGAUUCUGGCUAUUAACAAGCUCUUCAAGGUCAUCCCCAGUGUGGUGGAUGGAGCCUUCCUGCCCACACACCCCAAGGAGUUGCUGGCCUCUGCUGACUUUCACCCUGUCCCCAGCAUCAUUGGUGUCAACAACGAUGAGUUUGGCUGGCUUAUCCCCAAGGAAAUGGACAAAGCUCAAGCCCAGAUGGAAAAAGACAAAGAGACAUUGAAGGCUUUUCUGCAGAACGUAUCAACAGCAAUGCUGCUGCCUCCCGAGUUCACUGACCUGUUGAUGAAGGAGUACAUAGGGGACAGUGAGGACUCCCAGACCCUCCAAGCUCAGUUCCAGGAGAUGAUGGCGGACUUCAUCUUCGUGAUCCCUUCGCUCCAAGUAGCACAUUUCCAGCGUUCCCGUGCCCCUGUUUACUUCUACGAGUUCCAGCAUCGGCCCUACUUCUUCAAGGACAUCAAGCCGCCCCACGUGAAGGCAGACCACGGUGAUGAGAUUAUCUUUGUCUUUGGAUUCUUCUUCAGCAACAACCACAUUCAAGUCACCGAGGAAGAGGAACAGCUGAGCAGGAAGAUGAUGAAGUACUGGGCCAACUUUGCUCGGAAUGGGAAUCCCAACGGUGAGGGUCUGCCCCACUGGCCCGUGCUCAACCAGGAGGAGCAGUACCUGCAGCUGGAUAUCCAGCCCGUGGUGGGCCACGCCCUGAAGGCCCACAGGCUCCAGUUCUGGAAUACUCUAUCCCAGAAGCUCCAGAAGCUGCAGGCUAAGGAGAACCACUCAGAGCUGUAGCUCCCAGCAUCAAGGAGUGAGGGGGUAGGGGUCUGCCUGACGUGGCCACUUGUGUCCACUGAGGUGCUGGGAGUUGCUGCCCUCGUCCACAUAGCCAGUCAUUCAUGCCUCCAUCUGUCCGUUCAGUAAAAAUCUAUGAAGGACCUACUGCGGAAGGUCAGUUGCCAGGGCUUCCAGGGGUUCUCUCUUGUUGGACACACCCAGUAAAUCCCCCGAUGAAGCUGUAGAUGGGUGAACCCCAAAGGAAGCCCACCUUCCCCGAGACCUCACUGAGCCCCGAGCCCCACCUCCCUUCCUCAUCGCAACCUCCUCCCAGCCGUCUCUCCUGCUCCUUGGAGCCUCAGGUCUUCCCCACUUAGAGGGAGGUGUUUUGGGAAAUGUCUACCCCUGGGUGUCAGAAGCCAUGUCACUUCUCUGCCAGCUUCAUGUGUUGUCAUAUAUGUAAGCGGCCAGUAGAAAACAAGAAGUCCUGGUAUCUCAGUCUGUUCGGAGUGCCAGAAAUACUGUAAACCAGGUGCUUUAUCAACCAAAUACAUUUAUCGCUCACAGUUCUGGAGGCUGAGAAGUCCAGGGUCAAGGGGCCAGCAGAGUUGGUGCCUGGUGAGAGCUCAUUCUCUGGUUCACAAGUGGCACCUUCUCACUGUGACAUCACACAGGGGAAGGUGCAAAUGAGCACCCUUGGCCCUCGUAGAUGGGCGAACCCCAAGGAAAGCCCACAUUCCCCAGCACCUCACUGAGCCCUGGAGCCCAUCCUCCCUUCCCCACCACCUUUGAGCAAACCCCAAAGAGCACCAAUCCGUUCCCCUGCCAAAGGCCCUACCUCUUAAUGCCAUCACACUGGGGGCUUAGUUUUCAACAUAGGAAUUUGGGGGGACAUAAAUAUUCAGACAGUAGCACCUGGAGCUCCGAGAUCUCAGCCACUGAAGUUUCCGACUACUGAAAAUGUGAACCUUUCUCCUGCUCCUAUUUCCUGCCCACCUAGAUUAAACGUCAUCUACCACUGAC